AAUCAAUCAGCGUCGAUUACCCCCGGUCACAGCCAUACUCCCUCCUCCCUCCUUUCCCUCUCCUCAAUCCUCAUUUGGGCAAAAAAAUCUAGACCGCUGCCAGAUCUUGACACGUGGACCCACUCCAUAUAAUCGGAUGCAAACCUAUUUAUAUUCCACUCUUUAUUCUUCUUUCUGGUCCGCUCCUCUCUCUUUCUCUCUCUCUCUCUGAUCUCUCUCCUUGCCGUUCUCUCUCCCUCUUUGUAUACAGACCCAUCCCUCACAUACCUAAACCCUAGACUUCACCUUCUCUAACAAUCUUUCUUUGUCUUGAGUUUUUCCUUCAAGAUUGAUUUUAAUUUUCCCGAGAAAAUAAGAAGGAAAAAAAAUUAAUUUUGUCGAAUUGAACUUUUUUUUUUGACGGGGGAGAGAAUCGAGGAAAUGGCGACAUCGUCGGCCACAAGCACGGUCUACAUCCAUGUAAUCGAAGACGUCAUUAACAAGGUCCGUGAUGAGUUUAUCAACAACGGCGGUCCUGGCGAGAGUGUCCUUAAUGAACUCCAAGGAAUUUGGGAGAUGAAAAUGAUGCAAGCUGGUGUGAUAUUGGGUCCAAUAGAGAGGUCGUCAGCUGCUAAGCCUGUACCUGGUGGUCCUAUCACUCCAGUCCACGAUCUUAAUGUACCUUACGAAGGGCCUGAGGAGUAUGAGACUCCUACUGCUGAGAUACUUUUUCCCCCUACACCGCUUCAAACUCCCAUUCAGACACCACUACCAGGAAGUGUGCAAACACCUUUACCAGGAAAUGGUCAGACUCCUUUACCAGGAAGUGCAGACAAUUCCUCUAUGUAUAACAUUCCUACUGGACCUACUAGUGAAUAUCCCACUCCUGUUAGUGAUACUGGUGGCAGUACUGAGGCAAAGCCUGGGAGGCCUAGUCCUUACAUGCAAGCUCCUUCUCCUUGGAUGAAUCAAAGGCCUCCUCUUGAUGUUAAUGUUGCUUAUGUGGAAGGACGAGAAGAGGCAGACAGAGGAAACUCUCAUCAACCCCUGACGCAGGACUUCUUCAUGAUGUCUUCUGGAAAACGCAAGCGUGAAGAUUUUGCAACUCAAUUUAACAAUGGUGGGUUCAUACCUCAGCAAGAUGGAGCUGGGGAUGUCCCCUCUGAGGCUUUACAGGCAAGCCAAGGAAAUGGUUCCCUUGGUAGGUGUGACACAAUCACCAGUGCAAAUAUAGAGAUCUUGUCGCAUGCAACGAGGCGGGUUUUGAAGAUUCCCCAACUGGAUGGGCCGAUACCGGAUCCUUAUGAUGAUGUGCUUUCGACUCCCAAUAUAUACAACUAUCAAGGAGUUGUCAAUGAAGACUACAACAUUGCAAACACACCGGCACCUAAUGACAUACAAGCAAGCACACCUGCUGUUGCCCCUCAAAAUGAUGCUGUAGAUGAUGAUGAUGAUGAGCCGCUGAAUGAAGAUGAUGACGACGAUGAUGAUUUGGAUGAUGUGGAGCAAGGAGAGGAUAUGAACACUCAGCAUUUGGUUUUAGCUCAAUUUGAUAAGGUGACUCGUACCAAGAGCAGGUGGAAAUGCACACUCAAGGAUGGCAUCAUGCACAUAAACAACAAGGACAUUCUCUUUAAUAAGGCAACGGGAGAAUUUGACUUCUGAUUUUGUUGGAGAAAUCUCCUUGUUAUCUAUUAGUAUUUAUCUUAAAAGAGCAAAUUCUGAGGUGUUGUUGGGUGUUUCAUAAAUUUUCUUUUAUCGUUCAGUGAGAGCUCGGGGAAGUGAGUGAAAUGCUUUGGUUUAAUGUCUUUCUAAAAGACUGGGUUGGAUGGUUGGCCUAUUGUACAUAAUGGAAGAGCUUAUUCAGCCUUAUAAUGGGUGGCUACUUGAGGAUUCUCUUAAAUGUCUACCAUUUCUCUAAUUAAAUUUGUAAUUUUAUUUUAUACUAAUACACUUGAACAUAAUUUAGGAAUCAAAUUGUUUUUUUUUUAUGCUGUUAUUUUUCUAAGCUGUGAAAACAGUAUUGUGCUUUA